UGAAACUUUGUGGGCCUUUUUGUAGUCUUUGUGUAGCUUUUGUUUUUAAGUGAAUCUUGGCUGAGAACCCAUCAAAAACACCUUGUGUAAUGAAAAACCCGGAUAUAUAAUCCCUCCCUAUAUAUUCCGCAUGCAUUGAGCAGCCUCAUCCUCUCAGGCGCCUGGUACAGACGAGGAACCUGUUUCACACAACUGCUACUUGAAGGAAAAGAAAAAAAAAAGAAGAAGCAAAUGAUACCAAGACAAACUCAUAACAGAGACCUACCCACCAGAUGUGUACGGAUGAAAAUACAGUGAGAUGAGUCAGAAAACGGGUAAGGAGGGUCCCAGACUCUCCAAGAACCAGAAGUUUUCUGAGCAGUUCAGCAUACGUUGCUGCCCGCCAUUCACCUUCCUCAACUCCAAACGUGAGAUUGUGGACCGGAAGUACAGCAUCUGCAAAAGUGGCUGCUUCUACCAGAAGAAAGAAGAGGACUGGAUCUGCUGUGCCUGCCAGAGGACCAGAACCAGGCGCCGUGCAACGUCCCCCCAGAGGCCCAAGAUUCAGCCAGCUGCACCCCCCGCGGUGGUCAGAGCACCAGCCAAGCCACGGUCCCCUCCGAGGUCUGAGCCACGGUCCCCUCCAAGGACUGAGCGUCAGCCACGACCCCGUCCAGAGGUCCGACCACCACCAGCCAAGCAGCGUCCCCCUCAGAAGUCCAAGCAGCCGCCACGCAGCAGCCCCAUCAGAGGGCCAGGCACCAGCCGUGGGGGGUCCCCCAUCAAAGCUUCUAGAUUGAGAAGGAGGAGCAAGCCAACCCCAAGGAAGAAGUAACCAAAGAGGAGUUUCAAGUGAAUGGAUGGCCUCAGCUCCUGGACACACUGCUGCCUGACCCACAUGCCCUUGGGCAAGCUCGCCGGUUCCGAAUAUGAUGCAGAGGCAGACACCUGCUGAUGCCCAAGGUCUCCAUGGCAGGAGGGCCAACGGGCAGCCUGCCUGGAGGUGAGAGGGGCAUCUCUGUGUUAUGCUCCAGUCGGUGGGUCCCAGCAGCACCCCACGGGCUCCAGAACUCAGGGCAUGGCUCACCUUUGGUCUCACCCGCAGUCCUUUCUCCCCCCGGAUGUGCCAGGCCCCCAGGGUCUUUGGAUCAGGAUGGUUAAGUGCCAGCCCAUGUGUUAACCUCUACCCACUAUUCCUUUCUGUCCCUGGCAUCCUGUUGCAGAUCCUUGAUCCUGUUUAGAUCCUUGAUCUUCUUUGUAGUGAGCUCCCUGUACUAGCCCACAGUCAGAGGCAGUUUGCUCUGGGGAAGAUCCGCAUUCUUCUCAGAGUACGAUAAUAGGCUCUCAAAUAAUCUAGAGAUGCACAGAUAUUCCCAGGGAGAGUCGGAGGGGUCUACAUCCACAUGGAGCCAAUGUACUGUGUCAGAAGCUAAGAGAAAAGGCCCGAGAAAGCAGCCCCUGCCACUCCUCAAGCCCCUGUCUCCAGCCUCACGGAGGAAUUUGUGAAUGUCUCCUCCUCAUCCCAGCCCGAGUGAGAAAAAAUACUGUAAGGCACCGCUUUUGAGCUUGUCAGCCCAUCUGGAUGGUCUCAACUCCAGAAUUCAUCGCUUUGCAAAUUGUGCCACUUUGAGCAGGUUAUUGCCCUCAACCAUGAUGCCCUGCUCCCAUCCCCUCUUCUGGGGAGUCCUGGAAACCAGGCUGCUAAGAUGGACCCUCCUUGUAAAGCAGGAAAUACUGUUUUCCCACCUCCUCACUUCCCUGAGUGGGCAGAUGGCCCCUGGGCACUUUCACGAGACCAGAAGGUGUGCUCAGAGAGUUGCUAUAGCAAUAAUGCCCAGUUCCUGGGCAGGAUUGAGGCCUGGUCCCUCCAUGCUCUCCCUAGCUGGACCCCUUCACAUUUCUCUCUGAUACUGUAGUGGGAUCAGGAGAAAAAAAAGAGCUUGGCUUUGGGAGAGGAGAAUUAAGUGGGUGGAGGGGUGAGUUAGGGGAAGUUAAGCAGCCCAAGACUUCUCUUCCUGUGUAAGAGGCCAUACAGGGUUUGCUGGGCGCGGGGAGGGGGAGGGAAGAGACUUGUCCAAUCAUAAUGGUGCAGGAUUGUGGUUGAAUGCCCAUCUCUGCUCUCUGUUUUACUCCCACUACCUGUAGCCCUAGACUGUUGGGAAGGACUUUGGUGUCAGUAUGGGCUCUCUAUCACCACCAUAGGAAUUAACUCUUCCCCGCCCCCAUCUACCCUAGUUCCACCACACCCCCUACACACAUACACAUACUAUAGGGAGGGAGUGUGUCCACAGGUUAAAUGAAGGACUCUCAGGUCACCUUGUAGAUUGGUGUGUGUGUGUGUGUGUGUGUGUGUGUGUGUGUGUGUGUGUGUGA